AUGGGUUCAGAAACAGAGCUGAGCUUCUCUAAGGACCUUCAGCUGCUGGAAGUGAAGAGUCUGAGGGGUCAGUCGCUGCAGCAGAAGGGUCAGAAGAGGCAGCACGGAGAGCGGCUUCUGCUGCCACACGAGUCUGUUUACCAGCUGGACUUCAGCCAACAGGACCGGAGCUUCUCCCGCUGGAACGUCAGCCUGCGAGGAACCGGACGCUUCACCGGCAUCUGCCAGCUCUGGACGCCCAAUCUCACCAACCUGAUGUCCAGACAGCUGCUGGAGCCCAUCUGCCAGUUCUGGAGGAACGCCGGGGAUCCCGAGGACUUGCCCCUCAAGUGUCUGGAGGCGGAUAUCCAGGAGUUCAGAGAGAGGAUUGCGGAACUGGCCAAGGUGCGCAAAGUCAUGUACUUUCUGUUUGCUUUCAAGGAGGGAGCGACCAAAGAGAAAAUCUCCUGCUCUUUGAGCUUCAACAAAAACCAUUAAGAGAUCAAAUCUCUCCAAGCAUCGUAUCCUAAAACGCCGGACAGCUUAGAU